GAUUACUUGUUUAUGCAGACCUAUCUAUCUUCUCUGUUUCAUCAAUCUGGCAGUUUAAAUACCUCAAUGUAUGCCUUAAUAACAUAUGCUGUUUCUCAAUAGUGAAAUUGUCAGGGUUGCAGUUUAAAAGAGCUGGAUGAGUCAGAUAGGGAAGUCCGAGUGUUUGGCAGGAUGUGGUAUUCCUUUCUGAGAAGUUACGGUUCUGAGAGGAAACUGAUCAUGUUCAAGAUUACAAGAAUUUACAUUUAGUGUAGAGGAGAGAAAAUCACACCUUGAUGGCUUCCCUGGACACUUAAAUAAGAAUGUUUAUUAGGUGUAGGAAUGUUAUUGUACUACCACAUUCAGUGGUGAAAGUAAAUUUAUGUACCUAAGUUAAGCCAUCUAAAGUUGAUCUGAAUUUCACUCUGCAGUUUUUGGUCUGUCUGAUAGAAGAAAGCUAGCACAGAUGACAUGCCUCUCAUUCAUGUAGCUCAAGUUUAUCUAGAUGAAUCUUAUUCUUGAAUCAGCAAUGUCUCUUGCUGCAGAGAAGGCCUACGGAGUCCUAGGCUGCAUUAGGGGAAGUGUUGCCACUGGUCGGAUGGAUUUCAGGUAUCUGUGCUUGAGCAGGGGAGUUGGACAUUUAAAAACUUGCUGAGGAAACACGAAUAUAUUUUAUUUGUCCUUUUGGACAAAUUAUUAGACGUAGAUAUGCUCAAUAAAUUAGCUGUUUAGAUGUGGUUACUGUAAUGGCACAGGAGACAAAGUUGUGCCUCCUAUUUGACAGUCCUUUAUAGCUGAUAUUUUGAACAUUUGAAGUUUAGAUGAAUUGUUUAACAAAUUUGAAGACAGAUUUAUUGUAGUUCCAUUUUAAGGAGAGUGCCUAUGUCAAUAAUAGUAGACUCAUUCCUUUAUUGCAAUGUGGGCUUACGUACUUAACUCAUAUUUCUACUACUUACAUUGCUCACAGGGACUGUGUCAUCAUUGCAUUCGUUUCAGUUCAUAAAUAUAUUCUUGCAAGUCAUCAGUGCUCAUACAACAGACUGAUAACUGUUCAUCGGUCUUCUGCUUCGGAUCAGUGACAUUAACAGUACUUUCCUUCUAGUAUCUGAAUAGUGCACAGACUGGCUUAAUUUGCUUUGAACUUCAUAGUUGUGCAGGAUUUGUUUCAAUACUCCUCCCAAUACCGAGCCAAUACCUCAAUAUAUGACAUAUGGACUCUCCUGGCUCCUCAAAGACUGUGCUUCCACUGGCAAGUAAGAAAAGGAGAAAGGCGUUAACAUUUUUGCUACGUUUUAACACACAUUUGAAUAAGAAACCUCCCAGAAUCCUAUAUAAAGGACUUCCAAAGACUCAGUCUGUUAGUAACCCCUACUGGAAUCAUAUAAGGUGAUGAAGAUGGAGACAGGAGAUGAAAUUGCUAUUGUGGGAAUAGCAUGCAACUUUCCCGGAGGUGAAGGAAUUGACAAUUUCUGGAAAGUGCUGGAGGAAGGCAAAAACUGCACAGUAGAAAUACCCCCAGAGAGAUUUAAUACCAAAGAGUGGUAUGAUCCAGACGGUAACAAGCCGGGAAAAAUGUAUACAACACGAGCUGCUCUUCUCAAUGAAUUUAACACAUUUGACAACCACCUUUUUGGAAUCAAUAGUGUGGAAGCUGAAAGCAUGGAUCCACAACAGAAAUUACUUUUAGAAUGCACAUACAAAGCGCUAGAGGAUGCAGGAGUCCCUGUAGAAGCCAUCAGUGGCACCAAAACAGGUGUUUUUGUUGGUCUUAUGAAUCGAGACUUUGAAAUCAUAACAAGCAAAUCAGUAAGUGAAAUAAAUCAUUAUGCUGGUACAGGAUCAGCAAUGAGCAUAGCUGCUAACAGGGUCUCCUUCACGUUUAACCUGACUGGACCAUCACUGACAAUUGACACUGCCUGCUCGUCAUUUCUUUUUGCUCUGCAUUAUGCCUUGCAAGCAAUUAAAUCAGGAGAUUGUGAGGCAGCUAUUUGUGGUGGUGUGAACAGCAUAAUAGAUCCCCGCACCUUUGUGUCUCUCAGUAAAGCAAAAAUGAUCUCUCCAGAUGGAAUGAGUAAACCCUUCUCCAAAAAGGCAGAUGGCUAUGGAAGGGGAGAAGGCUGUGGUGUUGUUUUCCUCAAACCACUGAAAAAGGCAAUGGAAGACCACAGCAAAAUCUGGGGUGUUAUAAACAUCAGUGCAGUCAAUCAGAAUGGUCGGUCUAUAACGCCAAUCACAAGGCCGUCCCAAGUAGAGCAGGAGAAGUUACUGCGCAGCAUUUAUGAAGGUCGCGUAGAUCCCUCAGUUGUGCAGUACAUUGAAGCCCACGGGACAGGAACUGCUGCUGGAGACCCCACGGAAGCUGCAAGCCUUGGUAAUGUCAUUUGUAAAAACAGACCUUCCCAAGUUCCUGCUCUGAAAAUUGGUUCGGUGAAAGGAAAUAUUGGCCACACUGAGUCAGCUGCUGGAGCAGCAGGUUUGAUCAAAGUGCUCCUGAUGAUGCAUCACGGGAAGAUUGUUCCAUCUUUGCAUUACUCAAAGGAGAUGAGCAGCAUCGAUACAGAGAAGCUGAACCUUGCCAUUCCCACUGCGGUUGAGCCCUGGGAAGAUUCCAGUGAGUAUGGAAGAGUAGCUGGCAUCAACUGCUUUGGAUUUGGAGGAACCAAUGCCCAUGUUGUAGUCAGGCAGGUUAAGCAGCCAGAGCCUCUUCCUGCCUAUAAGAGGCCGCUGGAAUUAGUCCUGCUGUCUGCAGCGUCAGCUAAGUCCCUUCAGAUGACAAUGGUAGACACGGCUGAGCAUCUGAGUACAAGAAGCUGCAUAAGUCUCCCAAGCCUGGCCUAUACAUCUGCCUGCAGAAGAAGCCACAUCAACUACCGGUAUCGAAAAUCAUUUGUGGCAAACUCUCUCCAACACUUGCAGCAAGAAGUUAUGUCAGCAGCAAGCACUGACUUUGGCAUGUCAAAGGUGGAGCCUCAACUGGUGUUUGUAUUCUGUGGCAACGGUGUAACAGUGAAGGAGUUCAGUGAGGCACUGCUGAACUCAGAGCCGGUGUUCAGGGACAAGUGUAAGGAAAUAGAAGCGCUCUUUCAGAAACACGCUCCCAUCAGCCUUCUGCCAGCAAGAGGUCGCAGCUCAAAGGAGUUGCUGAAUCCAGAACUCUCCCAGCCCAUGCUUUUUGCCCUGCAGGUUGCCUUAGCUUCUCUUCUGAAGUACUGGGGCAUUAAGCCAGUUGCAGCAGUUGGCCAUUCCGUGGGGGAAGUUGCCGCAGCACAUUUUGCUGGGUACCUUUCCCUGGCAGAUGCGGUCAAAGUGAUUUAUCACCGGAGCAGGCUGCAGGCAAAGACUGCCGCGGGCAGAAUGCUGGUGGUUGGAAACAUCCCCGUUCAAGAGAUUGCUGAAUAUCUGCGUUCCAACUUGGGAAGGGUGUGCAUUGCAGCUUUCAACAGCCCAGUUUCCUGCACCUUGUCUGGAAAUCCAGACGAUGUGGACUUGGUCCAGAAAGAUUUAGCAGAAGCCUUCAGCCACAGAAACAUCUUUCUUCAUGUUUUAAAUGUCCCAGCUGCCUACCACAGCCCUAGCAUGGAUGUGAUACUUGGGGAGCUGGAGCGGAGCAUAGAUCCUUUAGAAGAACAGAAAGGUGACAUUGAAGUAAUUUCAACACUGACGGGGGCAGCGGCUUCUGCAAAUGACUUCUCUCGUGGCAAAUUCUGGGCCCAGCAUACCCGUGAGCCCGUUGCUUUCUCUCAAGCCAUAGAAACUGCAGCUAGAGGCUGGGAAAAUGUAGUGUUUGUUGAAAUAAGUCCUCAUCGUGUGUUGCAGCGAAAUAUCAAGGAGACUCUAGGAAAAGUCACUAAGGUGUUCUCUUCUUUGCAGUCUGAUUCAGAGUAUCAGGUACUCUUUAGCUUGGUAGGAAAUCUGUUUGAGCUGGGCUAUAAUCCCAACUGGCAGCACUUUUAUGAAGGAUAUCAAAGUGUUCCAGUGACCAUUCCACGGUAUCAAUUUGAUCGUAAAAGAGCUGUGCCCUCUCUGGAUACCCAUCAGCAAGCAAAGCCAAGUGAUGUCAGCUCCAGUCAUCCUUUGAUUUAUGUAAGCAACAGUGACAACACGGAGUUUGGCAGCCUGCUCUCCCAGGAAACAACAUCGUAUUUAUAUGAGCACAAGAACAAUGGUGUGGCUUUAGUUCCUGGUGCUUUUUAUGUGGAGCUUGCUCUGGCCUGCGUGAUGAACAGGUCAAAACCUAAAGUGCCUCUGAGUGCUUGCCAGUUGAGCAUCAGUUUUUCAGCACCAUGUGUUCUCACACAGAGUUCCCAAGUCUUGAAUAUCAAGCUGAGUCCACAAAAAGCAGUGACAACCUUUGAGAUACUCUCUUCCUCCAAUGCACUUUAUGCUUCUGGCCAAGUGAGAAAGGUGCCUGAGGCUGAUGUGGAAGAAAGCACCAUCUCAUUUCAAGAGGUCUAUCACAGAUGCACAUCAGUGAUUAGCACAGAGGAGGUCUAUGAAGCACUGUCUCAGGUUGGCUUUCAGUAUGGUUCCAUAUUCAGGCAACUCAGGGAUGUGCAUUAUUGCCAGGAACUAAAGGAAGCUAUAACAAGCAUCAGGGUGAACAAGGAGACCCUCGGGGAGAUGUACAGCUACUGUAUCCAUCCAGUGCUGCUGGACUGUUUCAUGCAGAUGACUGCCGUCAUGAUCUCCAGGACGCAGCAGUCCAGAGCAGGCUUUCCUUCAGGAAUAGGCAGCCUGGUGUUGCUGCGACCUCUGGAGGAAGAAAUGAUGAUAUAUAUGAGAACAAGCAAAUCCAUUGGGAACUGCUUUGAGGUCUGUGGCUGCUUCAUGGACAAACACGGGUCCGUUUUGGCUGAACUCAAGCGUGUUGCCAUCACUUUCAUGAAGCCAGCAUCUUCCAGAGACAAUGAAUUCAUGUUUGAAAACAAGUGGUCAGAAAUCUCUCCAUCAAAGAUGACUGGCCGUUUAGAAGCAGUGCCUAGAGUCCUAGUGUUUGCUGACAAGUUUGGGAUAGCUGAGCAGCUCAGAAAAUAUUUGCAUCCUGAUUCCAGAUAUGUUAUGUAUGAAGACUGGGAAUCCCUCUUGGAUGACCACGCAGGGAAUAAGAUGAAAGCAGAGGUUGAGGAUUAUGAUGAAGUUCUCUUCCUGUGGGGAAUUCAGAAGGUGAAUGAAGAGUUCCCAAGUAAAGCAGUAGACCAACUCUCAAAGUGUUGUGAAGCCUAUCGCCAAGUUAUCGUGGCAUUAAGAGAGAAAGGGUCUCACUGUUCAAUCCGAGUGAUCAGCUACAGAACAACAGAAAGAAAUGUAGACCACGUUAACUGUGGGUUUGUAUUGCAUGGCAUGACCAGAACUUGUGUUGUUGAAGUUCCAGAAAUCACUUUUCAGAUAAUCGACCUCAGCUCUUCCAGCUCCCUGGACAUCUCAGCAUUAUCAGAUGUCCUUGUCAAAUACAGAGGUAAUGAUUAUCCAGAAAUCUACAUCAGCCAAGGAAGAAUUUAUGCAUCGGAAAUCAAACGCACUCCGUUUGUAGAUGCAGAUUACAGCCAGCACGUAAGGUCUGUCCAGAAUUCCGAAGCAUUCACUUUGUACACUGCUGAUCCAUACUCAGCAAAAGACUUGUCUGCUGAACUAUUCACCAGCACUGCUACUCACCUGGAAAAUCAAAGUGUUGAAAUUCAAGUGGAUAAGAUAUGCAUUCACUCUGAAGAUUAUUUUCCCAUUAGCGUUUCUAGUCGUAACUUUGGUAAUUCGCUCUACUGGAAUUCCCAAGCAGCAGACAAACACAGACUUUUAGCUCUUGAUUUCAGUGGCACAGUCACAGCAAUAGGCACAGCUGUGAAGAAAAUAAAAGUGGGUGAUCAUGUGGUUUCAUGUUAUCCAGCUGGUGCAUCAUCUAGAAUUCAGGUCCCAGGAGCGGUUUGUUUAAACGUAAAGAAAUUUCCAUGCUUUCAAAGCGUCCCUUGUGUGUCCUACUUCAUCGUUGCAUGGGAGAUCUUAAAUCAGAGACUACCCAAGGGGAAAUAUGGCAGAACUUUGGGUAUUAUUUCUACAGAACCAUCAUCAGUUAUUUGCCGUGUUCUUUCUGUGGCAGCAGAAGAGGUGGGCUGGAAAACAGUACUUGCAAGGCCCACUCCUGAUAUGCUGCAGCACAUAAAGGCAUGCAAUGCCCUUGUUGUUCUUCCUCCAGCAGGCAGACUGUCUCAGGAGGAUUUGGCUCACAUGUACAGUCUGAAAGAUGUGGUGAUAGUAUGUGGCCAUCAACAAUCGGAAUGUAUUCAGAAUGUCAGUGGGCUUGAUCAUGAAAAUAUCAGCUUUCAUAUUGUCAUUCUUAGCAGUAUCUUCCAGAAGGCAUCUCUAAAGGAACUCCAAAAGGCUGUGCAAGUGUGGAUCAGUUCUUUAGAUAUGAAACGGUUUAGAUAUCUGCCAGGCUCUGUCUUUCAGCAAUCUGAGAACUUUGAAAGGCUGCAGUCUGCAAUGUGCUCCUUUACCUGCAAAUCUGUCCCACUUGCUGUACUGAGAAAGCAGAAAGACAACCCCGUUGUUUCAGAUAUCCCAUUGUAUGAAUCUAAGAAGAAGAUAUUUAAGCAGAAUGCUGUUUAUGUAGUAGCAGGGGGACUUACUGGCCUUGGCUUUGAAACUGUGAAAUUCAUAGCGGCAAAUGGAGGAGGGUGUAUUGCAAUCCUCUCCAGGAAAAUUCCGAGCAAGGAGAAACAAGAUGAGAUGAAGGAUUUGCAGCUGAAAUAUGAAGGCAGCAAAAUAGUGUUUGUGCAGUGUGACAUUACUUUGACCAGUGAUGUUGAGGAAUCUUUCCAGAUCAUCGUAAAAUUAUUUCAAGGUUGUCCAAUCAAAGGUGUCUUUCAAAGUACUGUUGUUUUACACGAUGGUCGCCUUGAAGUUCUGAAGUUUGCUGACUUUCAGAAAGUGCUGAGCCCCAAAGUGGCUGGGACCCUAAAUCUUCACUGGGCUACAAGAGGCGAACAGCUUGACUACUUUGUGUGCUACUCCUCUGUUACUUCCUUUCUAGGAAACUCCACACAGGCAAACUACGCAGCUGCAAACUCUUUCCUGGAUGUCUUCUGCCUCUACAGGAGGAACUGUGGUCUUUCGGGCCAAUCCAUUAACUGGGGUGCUUUGAACCUCGGCAUAUUGCUCAAUCAAAACCAGAUUCAAAACAUUCUGGGAUCCAAGGGCAUAGAUAUCCUGGAAGUGCAUGAGAUUCAUGAGUAUCUCAAGAAGAGCUUACUUUCAAAUAACCCUCAGCAAGCUGUUGUCAAGUUAAAUUUUAAAACUUUAUUAAAUCAUGUUUUUAUUCGCAUUAUUUCUCUCAAAAAUCGGUUUACUUCACUCAUGUUAGAAGAAUUUGGAGGCAAGCUUGAAACCUCUGAGAAAUCUCAAGUCCAGGAUACUGCUGCAGUCAAGUCUGAAGACUAUAUUACCUCAGUGAUGGCUGAUCUCACUGGACUAAACCCAGAUGAACUGACCAUGAAUACACCACUAUCAUCAUUGGGCAUAGACUCUAUGUUAGCUAUGACAAUUCAGAACCGCAUCUUCCAAGACAGAAAGGUGGACGUACCUCUUCUGAAACUACUCGAUCCUCACACCACUCUGUCGAGUUUAGUAGUAGUACUAGGAGAAACAACCAAUGCAGAUGGAAUUGUAGAGAAAGAAAUGUAUGCAAUUGCGAGUGGAGAACAUGAGAGCUGGCUGUAGAAAUAAUCUCUUUCAAUAACUGUGUAGCUUUCAAGAUGAAUAGACCCUUUGCAGGAUCUCAGAGUAUGUCAUGGCAGAGGCAAGUUAGAACAUGCACAUACGCUGAAUGUAAUCUGUGUUGCCCCUGAAAGACUCACAUCAGUUUCUCCUGGCAUUGCGCUAACUUUGUUUCUUUGGGAUAGUAGUAUGACAUUAUACUUCUCUUUUAACCUUCAUUUUCAUUAUUUUAAACUGUAAAUAGAUAGUCUAUAUGAAUUUUCCUUGAUGAGUAUGUAUGUUAAAGGCACAUUGUGUAUUUUCUAGCCGUAGUAAAGUGCUGAUUGAAGUGAUGAGUUCACUGUUUGAAAUGGUGAAUGUCUAUGUAAAGGAGCACUGCAUUAUCCCAGUUGUUUGUCAUUAUUACUUUUUUAGUGUACAGUAAUUUUGUGAUUCUUAUUGAAGCUCUAUAAACUGGACAUCUUUUGAAUGACUUUUCUAGAUGUGUAUUUAAGAGGUUUCUGUUUCAACAAUUUAAAAUUUGUAUUUUGCUUCUACAGAAAUAUUAAAAAUGGUCAGUGAAACAGCUGUAUUUUUUGUCUUCUUUUAUGAAAGAGUAUAUAAAUGAAAAUAGUAACAUUUUAAAAGAAAACCAAGCAUCACUUUCAGGGACAGCAGGUAAAUUCCCUGAAGCCAUCUCUUCCAAGCUAAACUAGACCAUUUUCCUAAGCUACUUAUCCACCAGUUCCUUCUGCAACCAUAGGACUCUCUCUGGAUGCAUCCCAUCAGGUCCUAUGAAAUUUUGCUCAUGUUAUCAAGCAUAACAUGACUCUUGCAAUACAAGUGAAAGGGAGAGGUUUAUCCAGCCCCAAAUGUCCUUUUACACAAUAAAGAGAUGCUCUGACUAAUUGCCUGGGGCAGAAGUUAAACUGUGCAGCUCUGAGCACAUUUUCCAAAUAAUAGUUCUCUCUCUUUCCCAUUACUUUAUGCCACUGCUGUGGAGAACAUAUCUGACUAAUUUAAUUUGUGGGUAUACUCAGAUCCGGGGAGGCAGGCAUCUCUGCAGAUUGGCCACACGUAUCAUUUCAGGAUAUGGGUGGAAAAAUUAGUAUUUUUUUCACAGGCUGUGCUAGGGAUGUGAUUAUCUGAUUACCAAACGUGCAUCCUGCUACUGGGAUCCUUCCUCUGAUAAUGGGAUUAAGAGUUUGGAGACUGAGAGCACAAAACCUUUAAAAAUACACCCCAGGUGGUUAAUGUUACAUGAGGUUAAUUGCAAUGACCGAACAACAUUGUCACUAAAAGCUUUCUGUGAAAUGUAGAUACUGACUUCUUUAACAAGUGAUUUAUCUAAUUACUGUCCCGAUUAUGAACAGGACAGUUUUCCAGGCAGAAAGGGCAGCUGCAGCUUUCUGUUAGCUCAUGUUCAGCAGCUUCCAGCUGCUUGCAGAUUUCAGGCCGUCUAAUGUAUCUCUGACGUAGUGUGUUGUCUGCUUGCAUUUCCCACUCUGUCUUUCUGCUUGUAUGUCCUAUAUAUUUGGCAGACAGAAGCAAAAGGGCCUUCAGCUUCCUGCCACUGCUGUGCUCCCCUGUACUGCGAGCUGCUGCUGUAGGGCUGUCAAAUGCUCCCUGCACCAGCUGCAGCUGAAAUGGGCAUCUCCUGAGCCUUUUCAAAAUCAGCUUUCUUAUUGUGCUUCCUGUGUGUGGGCUAUAACGGUCUUGGUUUUAUUCAGAUAUUCUGUCCCCUUUAUGGCAGAUCCUGAGCAGCAACCAAAAGCAAGGCACGUGGAAGGCAGGAGCUGCCCGAGCACCACCUCAGAACACAAGUGCCAUCUGGAGGUGAUGAGAGCCUGGCUUUCCCCACAGUGCGUGGCUGGGUAGUGCUGGCCCAGCAGUAGCAGUUUGGGUAAGAGAAAGCCAGAGAGCAGCAGUGCCAUCAGCCAGCCAGUACUGGUGCUUCAGUCUCAUGGCUGGACAUGGCUUCACCAAGGCUUUGAUCAACAGAUUACUACUCAGUGUGAAGGUGUACGUUAGAUUCUCAGGUAUACUUAACCCAACUUCACUGCCUGCAGUGCUGAAUGUGUGUAACAGCCUGGUAAGCUGGGGAUACAAGCUCUGGAAUCAUUCUGCUUCACAUGAUCCUGUCCAUCUCUGCUUCAGUUUCUCCUCUGUUUCCUAUUUCUCCUCCAGUUUCACAAAAUCUUCUUCAUUUUGGCUUUUAUCAGAGCAAUGCAGCAGCAAUUUGCAAAUCACAUCUUUGUUUUGGAGUAACAACAGGUUUCUCAUGCAUUUUCUUGUCCUUUCAAACAUUGUGUAUGACCAAAGGACAAUGUGAUUGAAGUUGUAAAGCUAUAAUGAGUGAUAAAUAUUGUAUGAAAAUA